UCCGUGGUCCACUUCGCCUUGCGGUUGCGGGUGUUCUUCCUCCGCUCCUUUCCCGUCGCCUCACUCCCGAAGCAAAGCGAAGCAGCUAGCCAGUCAAUCGUGAGUUCGUGACUGAAAAUGGCGGAGGAGGUGGAAGCGACGGCGGGGCGGCCGAGGCUGUACUCGUACUGGCGCAGCUCGUGCUCCCACCGCGCCCGCAUCGCCCUCAAUCUCAAAGGCGUGGACUACGAGUACAAGGCGGUGAACCUCCUCAAGGGCGAGCAGUCUGAUCCAGAAUUCCUGAAGCUGAAUCCUAUGAAGUUUGUCCCUGCGCUGGUUGAUGGUGAUGCAAUAAUUGGUGACUCUUAUGCAAUAGCAUUGUAUUUGGAGGACAAGUACCCCGACCCUCCUCUUUUGCCUCAAGACCCUAAAAAGAAGGCUUUGAAUCACCAGAUUGCGAACAUUGUAAGCUCUGGUAUUCAACCUCUCCAUAAUCUCUCAGUGUUGAGGUUCAUUGAGCAAAAAGUUGGUGCCGGAGAGAGUGUCUUGUGGACCCAACAACAAAUCGAGAGAGGUUUCACAGCAAUUGAAAACCUGAUACAACUAAAAGACUGUGCUGGGAAGUAUGCAACAGGAGAUGAAGUCCAACUGGCAGAUGUAUUCCUCGCUCCCCAGAUUUAUGCAGCCAUCGAGCGCACUAAAAUCGACAUGUCGAAUUACCCCACCCUUGCGAGGCUCCACGCAGAGUACAUGGCGCACCCUGCAUUCCAAGCAGCGCUCCCUGGUCAGCAACCGGACGCCCCUCCCUCCACAUAGGAACUGCGGUGUUGUUGCCUCGUCAGCCUUGUAUAUUGCUCAUCUUGCUGAAUAUAGAUUUGGAGUUGUUACUUGCUCGCUGAACGCUGAUUUUACUCUGUAAUAGGAAUAAGCACAGAAUUUCCUGUGCACGGGGCAAAUAAUUUUCUGGUUUUAAAAAACUACUGGAAUAGAGUGGUCUCUGGCCUUGUUCAGGACUUGAGGUAGGCAUCUCAUGUAGGGUUUGUUCAGCUGUAAAAUUUUCCAUGGAUACACAAAUUGAGUCCAGUGAUUAGUGAAA